CCUUUGGGUAAACCCUAUGGGUGCUCCCCCCCCAUCUUUAGUGUGGGGAUGGAGGUUGCCCCCCCGAGGGCAUCCCCCCGACACCUCCUGGUGCUUUGUGGGGUGCAUGAAAGGUCCUUUUGUGCCUCCUGCCGUGGGCAGGGCUGGGGCACGGGGCCAGGACGGCGGCUCCCUGUGUGUGUGUGUGUGUGUGUGUGUGUGUGUGUGUCACGCCACACCACCGGCACCCUUCGCCCGGCCCCACGUUAAUGAUUCCCCUCCCGUCUGUGCCACCACCGGCACCGCCAGCAGCCGCCCCGGCGAGGCGGUGGCAGCAGAGACGGGGGGUCCUGGCCACGGGUGGUGGCUUUUUAGGGGGUAAAGGGGGGGACCCCACGGUUCCCUGCCCCACGCCCCACCCCUCCGUCCCCACACCCAGAUAAGAGAAGCUGCCGGCAGCACCGGCGUGGGUGGGAGAGCAUGGCGGCGGUGACGGUGAACCUCCGCGCUGUCACCUCCUGGGUGGGCAUCGCCCGGCUCUUGGCCGUCGUGCUGUCCUGCCUGGCCUUCAGCUUGGUGGCCUCCACGAGGGAAAACCACAGCACCUACUGGACGUGGUGCAUGUUCACCUGGUGCUUCUGCUUCGCCGUGACGCUGGUGGUGCUCCUGCUGGAGCUGCUGGAGCUCUACCGCCUGCUGCCCAUCUCCUGGGAUGACUUCACCUCGGCUUUCUCCAUGCUGGCGGCCUUGAUGGUCUUCACCACCUCGGUGGUCUACCCUUCCACCUCCAUCGGCAGCCCCUGCAGGAGCCACUGUGCUGAGAAGGCCGUGGCCACCACCGCCUCUUGCCUCUGCUUCUUCGCCUACGCCGUCGAGGUGGGGCUGACCCGCGCCAAGCCAGGGGACAUCAGCAGCUUCCUCUCCACUGUGCCCGGGCUCCUCAAGGUCUUUGAAGUCUACGUGGCCUGCCUCAUCUUCUCCUUGCUGGGUCGCUACGACCCAGAGCCUGGCCUGCACUGGUGCUUGGCCGUCUACUCCAUCUGCUUCAUCAUCACCUUCCUCAUCAUCAUCUUCACCAUCGGCCGGUGCCUCACCUACAUUCCCUGCCCGCUGGAGCAGAUGCUGGUGGGCUACAGCGCCCUGGCUGUGGUGAUGUACAUCACCGCCACCAUCCUCUGGCCCUACUACAACUUCAAGAACACGCAACGCCCCAACCCCUGCAACAGCGACUGCGACUGGAACAAGCACCUGGGGGUCACCUUCCUCACCAUCUUCAACCUCAUCGCCUACUUGGUGGACCUGGUCUACUCCACCAGGACGGUCUUCAUCAGGACCUCUUCAUAAGGGCUCUGGGUGGCCCCGGUGGGGCCAGGGGUGGUGGGACGUGGCCGGGGGCCGGUGUGGGGCUGCCGGUGGAGCUGAGGAAGAGGUGGGAUGCCUCGGAAAGCUCCUUCGCCCCACGCCGCAGCAGGGAGCCAUGGGGUGCUCCUGGGGGGACCCCGGCCGGGG